UGUCACCCUCCGGGCCCCUGGACUACCCAAUUACUCGCUAGCUCCUGACAAUCGCAGCGGGUAAAGCUGCUCCAGGCUAGGACCUUUUUCUGACGACUUCUGGCUAACAGGAUGUGCGACAGAAAUAGCGGUAGACGUCUCCGGCAGUGGCUGAUUGAACAAAUUGACAGUAAUAUGUAUCCUGGGCUCAUCUGGGAAAAUGAGGAGAAAAGCAUGUUUCGGAUCCCUUGGAAACAUGCCGGCAAGCAGGAUUAUAAUCAGGAGGUGGAUGCUUCUAUUUUCAAGGCCUGGGCAGUUUUUAAAGGAAAGUUUAAAGAAGGGGACAAAGCUGAACCAGCCACUUGGAAGACUAGGUUACGCUGUGCAUUGAACAAGAGCCCAGACUUUGAGGAGGUGACGGAUCGAUCCCAACUGGACAUUUCUGAGCCAUACAAGGUUUACCGAAUAGUUCCUGAAGAAGAACAAAAAUGCAAAAUAGGAAUGGCAAACAGCAGCGCUGUGAACGAAGUCACUGACAUGAAUUGUGGUCGAUCUGAAAUAGAGGAUCUGAUGAAAGAGCCCUUGGUAGAUGAAUACCUUGGCAUAAUCAAAAGAAGUCCUUCACCCCAAGAAGCCUGUAGAAGCCAACCAAUUCCAGACUGGUGGAUACAGCAAUCUAGUGCAGCCAUACCCUUGAUGACUGGGUACCCUGCUUAUGAAUCUCAUCAUUCAGCUUACUCCCAGAUGAUGAUCAGCUUUUAUUAUGGAGGUAAACUGGUAGGCCACACCACCACCACUUACCCUGAGGGCUGCCGGAUCUCUCUGAGCCUACCGCCUCAGCACCUGGAGAAGAUGUAUGGCUCUGAAAGCUUAGAGCACAUUCGCUUCCCACCGGCAGAAAUCAUCCAAAAUGACCGUCAGAAGCAGGUCACCAAGAAACUCUUUGGCCACCUGGAUCGAGGAGUCCUGUUACACAGCAACAAAAAUGGCGUCUUCAUCAAGAGAUUGUGCCAGGGGAGAGUCUUCUGCAGUGGGAACUCCAUGAUGUUUAAGGACAGGCCCAACAAAUUGGAACGGGAUGAAGUGGUCAAGAUUUUUGACACAAACCAGUUUUUCAGGGACCUGCAGCAGUUUUACAACAACCAAAGCCAGCUUCCUGACAGCAGAGUGAUGCUGUGCUUUGGCGAGGAGUUCCCUGACCUGGCUCCCUUGCGCUCCAAGCUCAUCCUUGUUCAGGUGGAGCAGCUCUAUGUACGGCAGCUGAGGGAUGAGGCCGGAAAAAACUGCAGCAAUGCCUUCAUGCUCCAGCCUCCGGAGGAUGUAGCCCAGCCUGAUCAGGUCUUCAGAUUUCAAGAUAUCUGUGGACCUCAUCAAAGGCCCUUUUUUAGAGAAAAUCAACAGAUCACCGUCUAGAGAACCCCUGUGCCCCUCCUUCAUCCCACUGGACCACACCUCUUACCCCAUUUCCCAUCACUGUAGUAUUAAUAAUAUUGUUCUAGGGAUUUUGGGGGGGGGAUUCUGCAGGGAAUUCAUUUGGGGGGAACUAUUCUGAUCAGGUUCUUUAUAAACCAAGGGUCUGAAAAGGUGAAGUUUGAAAGAGGCAUGGGGUCAUCUCUCUAACCAUUCAUUGAUGCAUUUUGGUAACUGGGACAGGACUGUCCUGAUUUGUAGAAAUUGUAAAGACAAUCUACUAUUUUCUGCAUUUGGUUCGGUUUUCAUUUGCACUGAUUUUUUUUUUCCUUCUGCAUCUUGAGAUUACUGAUGUUUUCAGUGUUUAGACAUUGCUGUAUAAAUACUCAGUGUUGGUAGCCUAACUAGUUCAGUGGAAAGAACAAUGCACUUGGUCAGGAAGACCUGAAUUAAAACCCUGCCUCAGAUGCUUACUAACUAUGUG